AUGGCAGCAGAAUCAUCAGAGGGCGAAGAAGAAACAAAAUUGAGCGGAGGAAAUCAAUUGCUGACUGUAGACGAUGACUUGAUGGAGAUGGGGAAAAAGGCUGCUUGGAGCGUCAGUUCUUGCAAACCCGGUAAUGGCGUUUCCUCUCUCCGUGACGACAACCUCGAAACCUAUUGGCAAUCCGACGGAGCACAACCCCAUUUGGUUAACAUUCAGUUUCAGAAGAAAGUUAAACUUCAAUUAAUUGUGCUGUACGCGGAUUUCAAGCUGGACGAAAGUUACACCCCAAGUAAAGUUUCCAUCCGUGCCGGUGAUGGGUUUCACAACCUGAAGGAGAUUAAGACCGUGGAACUUGUGAAGCCAAGUGGAUGGGUUUAUCUGUCGUUGUCUGGAGUUGAUCCUAGGGAUACCUUUGUGAACACUUUCAUGUUGCAAAUUGCUGUGUUGUCAAACCAUCUCAAUGGAAGGGAUACUCAUGUGCGGCAAAUCAAAGUUUAUGGGCCUCGACCGAACCCUAUUCCACACCAGCCAUUUCAAUUUACUUCGAGGGAGUUUAUCACCUACUCUUCUAUAAGAUGA